AUGUUACCUUGGUCUGCUAAUACGCUUCACGUUUCACCGAAGUCGGAGAGCAUAGCUGCAUCUGCUAUUAAGUUGAAGGACAAAAUCUGGCUUCGUGAGAUUUUGUCCUUUCUCUGUACAAUACCACAACAGCUUGGCAAUCUGCAGAAUCUAGAAGGGCUAAGUCUGACGUUCAAUAAGCUUGCAGGAUCCAUACCUGUUCAACUGUUCAACAUCUCAACGCUGCAAAUAUUGUUACUUCCGGGCAAUAAUCUUUCUGGAAAUCUUCCAUCAACAGUGGGUUCUGGAUUAAUCAAUCUGGAAAAGCUUUAUCUCGAUGGGAAUGACUUUGAAGGAGUGAUACCGGCCUCGAUAUCAAAUGCAUCCAACCUAGUAUAUUUAAGCUUGGCUGCCAACAGAUUCAGUGGUCCAAUUCCUAAUUCUCUUGGGGAUCUAAGAUUUCUAAGAGAACUUAGUCUCUUCCAAAACAAUUUCACAAAUGAUCCUUCGUCACCAGAGUUGAGCUUUAUUAGUUACUUGACAAAUUGCAAGAACCUAACAAUCUUAAUAUUCGGUGACAAAUUGACAAUCCGUUGCACGGCAUUCUUCCGACAUCUGUUGGAAACCUUUCUACUUCACUUGAAGAACUUUACGGAUAUCAUUGUAUUAUCAAGGGAAACAUUCCUGAAGCUAUUGGUAAUCUGUGCAAUUUAUGGGUUUUAA